AUGUUUGGGAUUCAGGAAAAUAUACCAAGAGGUGGGACGACCAUGAAAGAAGAGCCGCUGGGCACUGGGAUGAAUCCCGUCCGCUCCUGGAUGCACACGGCGGGGGUAGUGGAUGCUAACACGGCCGCCCAAAGCGGCGUGGGGCUGGCUCGGGCACAUUUCGAGAAACAGCCGCCUUCCAAUCUCAGAAAAUCCAAUUUUUUCCACUUCGUCUUAGCUCUGUACGACAGGCAGGGGCAGCCGGUGGAGAUUGAGAGAACGGCUUUUGUGGACUUUGUGGAGAAAGAGAAAGAGCCCAACAAUGAGAAAACUAACAAUGGGAUUCAUUAUAAACUUCAGUUGUUGUAUAGCAACGGAGUCAGGACAGAGCAGGACCUGUAUGUCCGCCUCAUAGACUCAAUGACCAAACAGGCCAUCGUCUACGAAGGGCAAGACAAGAACCCCGAGAUGUGUCGGGUCCUGCUGACACACGAGAUCAUGUGCAGCCGGUGCUGUGACAAGAAAAGUUGUGGCAACAGAAACGAGACCCCCUCAGACCCCGUUAUCAUUGACAGAUUCUUCCUAAAGUUUUUCCUCAAGUGCAAUCAGAACUGUUUGAAGAAUGCAGGCAACCCGAGAGACAUGCGAAGAUUCCAGGUUGUUGUAUCAACAACAGUCAAUGUGGAUGGCCACGUGCUGGCUGUCUCAGACAACAUGUUUGUACACAACAAUUCCAAACACGGGAGGCGGGCUCGCCGCCUUGACCCCUCAGAAGGUACGGCCCCUUCUUAUCUGGAAAAUGCUACUCCGUGCAUAAAGGCCAUCAGUCCUAGUGAAGGCUGGACUACUGGUGGGGCUACUGUCAUCAUAAUCGGAGACAACUUCUUUGAUGGCUUACAAGUCGUAUUUGGAACUAUGUUGGUCUGGAGUGAGCUGAUAACACCCCACGCCAUCAGAGUUCAAACACCGCCACGGCACAUUCCAGGAGUUGUUGAAGUAACUCUCUCCUACAAAUCUAAACAGUUCUGCAAAGGUGCUCCCGGCCGAUUUGUCUACACUGCGCUUAACGAACCAACCAUAGAUUAUGGCUUUCAGAGGUUGCAGAAAGUUAUUCCACGACAUCCAGGUGAUCCUGAAAGGUUACCAAAGGAAGUACUACUUAAAAGAGCAGCAGACCUUGUGGAAGCCCUAUAUGGGAUGCCCCAUAACAACCAGGAAAUAAUCCUGAAACGAGCAGCUGACAUUGCAGAGGCGUUAUACAGUGUGCCACGCAACCACAACCAGAUCCCCACUCUAGCCAACACUCCUGCUCACACUGGCAUGAUGGGAGUCAACUCCUUCAGCAGCCAGCUCGCCGUUAACGUCUCCGAAACAUCACAAGCAAAUGACCAAGUAGGUUACAGUCGCAACACAAGCAGUGUUUCCCCGCGAGGAUAUGUUCCCAGCAGUACUCCUCAGCAGUCCAAUUACAACACAGUCAGCAAUAGCAUGAAUGGAUAUGGCAAUGCCGGCAUGCCCAAUCUAGGUGUACCAGGUUCCCCUGGAUUUCUUAAUGGCUCCUCAGCUAACUCUCCUUAUGGCAUAGUGCCGUCAAGCCCUACCAUGGCAGCCUCUUCGGUCACCCUCCCUUCAAACUGUAGCAGUACACACGGCAUUUUCUCAUUCUCACCUGCCAAUGUCAUCUCUGCAGUGAAACAAAAGAGCGCCUUCGCUCCUGUUGUCAGGCCCCAAGCCUCUCCUCCACCAUCUUGCACCAGUGCAAAUGGAAAUGGACUUCAAGCUAUGUCUGGGCUUGUAGUCCCGCCAAUGUAA